UUGCUAGCAGCCUUUUGUGUCUAUCAUGACCUCUUUAGUAUUCUGCAAUAUUGUUCUCCAGUACAAAUGUAUUAGUGUGAUAAAGAUGGACAAAGUGACUAAUGAUCCUACGUAGUCCUUUGACCUUUUGACAGACUCCGCAAAAUUGGAAACAGACUUUGGGUUUGAUGUGUCGCGUUGUGAUAUUCUACGUGUGUUUUAAUUAACAUAUGUAUAAGUGCCAUAAUGGGGUAGUUUCCCUUACACAGAUUAAGCCAAGUCCUGGACUAAAAAGCACUUUAAAUGAGAUGCUACGCUUAAUCUGGAUCUGGAUCUGGGGAACUGCCCCAAUAUUUUAACUCUUAUUAGGGAUGAUUAAGUAUUUUUUUGUCAUGUGUAUGCCUCUUUGGCACAUGCGUGCGUGUGGGGUCAGCCAGCACUAAGUUAAAUGAAAGUCAUACUGUCUGGGAGUCAGCUGGUUUUAGGCUGCGCAAAGAACAGCAGACUAGUCACAAGUCCUGUUUGAGGGGAGGGGUGUGUCUGCGUUCUUAGACUGUCUGUAUGGAACAGACAAACACACAUUCUCUUGCUCUCACACACACAGUUCUGUUCUCUUCAUCUCCCAUCAAAGCAGCUUCCCAACUGACUAAUAAAAGCAGGGUUUCACAGAGACCGACCAACUUCUCACGCUUGAAACCCGUGUCUAUCUAGAGCUAUACUGCUCUUGCUGCGUUGAAUGGCGUCCUGAGUCUCUCGCUCUGCCUACUACUGGACUGCUCUGACAGGACCCCUUCCUCCCCCUGUCCCAGGGGGUAUGUGGUGGUUCCAGAGGGGUGUAUGUGCCCUCCCUGCAGCCUUGGUCACCUGGUCCUUGUCCACCUUUGUCGUCAGCUAUGUCACCGCUGUGCUGCUGGGCCACGUCGACCUACUAGUGCCCUACAUCAGUGAUGCCAGCGCAGUGGUUCCCGAACGCUGUGUCUUUGGGUUCAUGCUGAGCAUCUCUUCCUUUUUAGGUGUAGCCACUGUCUAUGUGCGAUACAAGCAGGUCCAGGCUCUGGCACUAGGGGGCGAGCUUAAACUGCAUCGACUUAACUGUGCUGGCAUGGUCCUGGGUAUCAUGAGCUCAGUGGGCAUGUGCGUCGUCGCCAACUUCCAGAAAACCACCAUCAUGUCAGUGCACCUGCUGGGGGCGGGGCUGACCUUUGGCUGCGGGGCGCUCUACAUCCUGGUUCAGACGGGGGUGUCAUACCACAUGCAGCCUCGCUUCCACGGCCGAGACAUCCUGUGGGCGCGCACCGCCGUGGGGCUGUGGACAAUGGCCAGCGUCAUCAUCUCGUUUUUGUCAUCAGCCAUUCUGUAUGAUGACCUACCAGGCGUGGACGUGGACAGAAAAAUACGCUGGAGACCAGAAGAAACGGGUUACACAGCCCAUCUGGUCAGUGCUGUGGCUGAGUGGUGCCUGGCCUUCUCCUUUAUCUGCUUCUUUCUCACUUACAUCCGAGAUUUCCAGAAAAUCCAGUUGCGGGUACAAGUUGUCAUGCAGAGUAAUCACCUGUACGACUACGCCCAUUACGACGUGAGAGAGCAUGCCCACCAUGGAGAGCAUUCGCCACUGCUGGCUGGGAGCAUCUGACUACACUGCCCCUUUCUGUGUCCACACUGCAGUCCCACCCCAGGAAAAGCAUCUCUGUGCCCUGAAAUGACUUCUUCAUCUCAAAUCAAAUCAAAUGUAUUUAUAUAGCCCUUCAGACAUCAGCUGAUAUCUCAAAGUGCUGUACAGCCUAAAACCCCAAACAGCAAGCAAUGCAGGUGUAGAAGCACGGCAUCUCUUGCUAAAUGGAAGGAUUGAAUAGGCUGGAACAAUAAUGCAUUUGCCCACGUGAUUUGGGGUCUGUGAUUUAAGGAAAGGAGGCAAGAGGAUGCCAUUGGAGACUCAGCACUUCAUUGACUGAACUGUGUUGUGUUCAUUACGUCACACAAUGGAAAAUUUGUUUCCUUAUUGGACCAGUCCAGGCAGUCCCUCCCUGUUUCAGUUUGGUGCCUAAUGAACACAAGUAAAGAUAUUUAGUGGGUCAAAAUGUUAAUUGAAAGUGUGAUGCAUCAGCUUUUGCUGUAUCUGUAUUGUAUAGUUUGCUGGAAACAUUUCUGGUAUUUUACUUUCUACAAAUAAAUCUGUAUUUAAUGACUUGUCAAAAUCUC